AUGCACCUGUGGCCUGAUGAGAGGUCUGAUAGAGACUAUCAGCUAGACCGUGUCCCCUCGGAGACUCCCAUAGAAGCAGCCGCAGUGGAGGCUGGUGAGGAGAAAGAGGAAGCGUCUGGAGCAGCCGCAGCCAAGCUGGACACAGACGACCUGAAGUACAUCAAGCACCCCCUGCAGAACAGAUGGGCUCUGUGGUUCUUCAAGAAUGACAAGACCAAGACUUGGGCUGCCAACCUUAGAUGUGUGUCCACUUUUGACACUGUUGAGGACUUCUGGGCCCUGUACAAUCAUAUACAAGUAGCCAGCAGACUGCAGUCUGGAUGUGACUACUCCCUCUUCAAGGAUGGAGUUGAACCCAUGUGGGAAGAUCCCUUCAACAAGACGGGUGGGCGUUGGCUCAUCAACAUACAGAAGCAGCAGCGCCACUCAGACCUGGACAGAUUUUGGUUGGAAACUCUGCUGUGUUUAAUUGGAGAAGCCUUUGAGGAGGACUCAGACGAAGUGUGCGGUGCCGUCAUCAACGUUCGCAGCAAAGGGGACAAGAUUGCAAUCUGGACACACGACUGUAAAAACUCCGAGGCUGUCAUAAGAAUCGGUCGAAAGUUCAAAGAGAGGCUAAACCUUCCCCCUAAGUUUGUCAUUGGUUACCAGGCACACACAGACACAAUGUCCAAAAGCGGCUCCACAACAAAAAAUCGCUUCUCUGUAUAACCACAGUCCAACAAACUGUCCCAGUCCUAGCCUAGCACCAGUGAAGGUGGCACACGUUUCUCCAGUAACCAGCUGGACAGCCACAGUUGCCGAGUUUUCUAAGAUUUUCUGAUCCCUGCGCCGCCACAGUGUCAUAUCAGAAGUCUCCCCUGCUACAAAUGUACCCGUCUCCCCAUCUCACCUGUUGUAAGAUUCCUCCCAAUAGAGAUGUGUUGUUGUCAGAUACGUCAGCCAGAAGAUGAGCUUUUGGCCGACGAGCGAGAAUUUGUACAAUGUUCUGAAUAUCCCAUGCAUACGUCAAUGCACUGUAGUUAUGGUGAAGAAUGGACAGCUUAAGUAAGGAACGAUACUGGAUAUUGUGGCAGAGUAGUGCUUAUAGCAUUGAGGUUUGUAUGUUCUUAAUGCAUUACUACAGCUUGUAAUGUCAAGCUUUUUGCACAUGAAACCAGA